AUGGAGAUGCCCGGAUGCUAUACAGUUAUGUGGUAUCUAAGCGCUGUAGCUAAAACAUCUAUAGUUGGUCUCUUCCACCACACACAUGCCAGGCUACCACAUACUAUCACCACAUCUAGAAAGGCAGAGGAGAUCGUCUGUGAUACAGCCUUACGGUCAACAUCACCCACGCGGUCACGAUCGUUUCUCAUUUUCACUAUCACCGAACUACGAUCCACAAGGUUUCUAGAACCCUCACUAUCUACACCAUUUGGUCAUCUAACAUCACCGCAGUCAUCACCAUCCUCGCCAUUACGGUCAUCACCACUCACACGGUCACUAGAACUCUCACUAUCUUACACCAUCUACGUCAUCACAGCCUUCACCACCUACGCAGUCACUAUAACCAUCAUCACCGACGUCACUAUAAUCAUCACCAUUCACACGGUCACUAUAGCUCUCACUAUCUACACCAUCACUGUUAUCACCCAGUCACUAAAGCUCACCAUCUACACCAUCUUGACCACCAGCAUCACCAUAGUCAUCACCACGGUCAUGACCAUCGUCAUCACCACGGUCAUCCCCAUAGUCAUGACCAUCGUCAUCACCAUAGUCAUCUCCACGGCAAUCACCAUCACGGUCAUCACCACUGUCAUUAUCACGGUCAUCACCAUAGUCAUCAUCACGGUCAUCACCAUAGUCAUCCCCACGGCAAUCACCAUCACGGUCAUCACCACUGUCAUUAUCACGGUCAUCACCAUAGUCAUCAUCACGGUCAUCACCAUAGUCAUCUCCACGGCAAUCACCAUCACGGUCAUCACCACUGUCAUCAUCACGGUCACAUGUUGCCUAUGGUAUGCAGACCGCAAGAUCGCCUGGCAUACUUGUACCCAACUCAUCCUCAUCCUCAUAUGA